UAGAUUGAAAUGGAAGGAAUAGAAUAGGAUGAAGAAAAAGAAUAGACAAGUAGGUGGCGCAGCGGAGGAUGGGGGAUCAAAUGGGAGGAGACGGCGGCGUGCAAGUAAUAAAAUUCAUGGCAGUGGUGGGAGGAGGAUAUGGACGGUGGUGGUAUGUUGUGCCGCCGUAGUAAUGUGUUUAGGAUUGUUAGUGUACAAGCAUCGUCAUUCGUCUCCUCCUCCUCGUGGUAGUAAUAAUAAGAUAUUAAAUUCCAGUUGGAAUUGGAAUGACGGAAGAAGAAGAAGAGACACGAUCACUUAUCAACAAAUCCUCAAUGAACAUGAUAAAGUAGCAUCAUCAAAUCAUCAUCAACGGCGGGAAUUCCCCAACCCUGUUCUUGCUUACGUUACACCUUGGAAUUCAAAGGGAUAUGAAGCUGCAAAGGACUUUCACUCCAAACUCACACACAUUUCACCCGUCUGGUAUCAUCUCCAAAGCCAAGGCCCUGAUUAUGUCCUGCACGGAAAACAUAAUGUUGAUCCACAAUGGAUUUCAGAUCUCAGAUCGUUCAACCCAACCCAUCCACUGAUUUUGCCCAGAAUUGUACUCGAGGCUAUUCCCAUGGAUAUGCUAAAUAACAACAAGCAGAGGGCUAAAGUAAUUGACCUCAUCAUUGCCGAAUGCAAGGAGAUGGAUUUUGAUGGCAUAGUACUAGAAUCUUGGUCAAGAUGGGCUGCAUAUGGUGUCUUGCAUGAUCCACACAUGCGGAAUAUGGCCCUGCUGUUCAUAAAAAAACUUGGACAGGCCAUGCAUGCUGUCUUUGUAAAGGAGUACAACUUGCAACUAGUAUAUGUUAUUGGUCCACCACGUUCUGAUAGGCUCCAGAAGUAUGAUUUUGGGCCUGAAGAUCUGCAAAGCUUGAGUGAUUUUGUGGAUGGUUACUCCCUUAUGACUUAUGACUUCUCAAAUCCUCAAAAACCAGGUCCCAAUGCACCACUAGAGUGGGUUCACUCUACUAUGCAGUUGCUCCUUGGUACCCAAACGGAUGGCUCUAAAAAGUUGGCUCAGAAAAUAUUUCUAGGCAUCAACUUUUACGGGAAUGAUUUUGUUCUUCAAGGAGGCAUAGGUGGUGGGCCUAUUCUUGGAAGAGACUAUCUUUCUCUGUUGGAGAAGCAUAAGCCUCAACUACAAUGGGAGAAAAAAAGUGCAGAGCAUUUCUUCCUGUAUUCAGAUAAAAAUCAACAUGUGAAGCACGUCGUGUUCUACCCAUCUCUGUUGUCUAUAGCAAUGCGACUGGAUGAAGCCCGCUCGUGGGGUGCUGGCAUUUCCAUAUGGGAAAUCGGUCAAGGUUUAGAUUAUUUCUUUGAUCUUCUAAGAGCUGCUAGUUUUAUUGUUUCCUUGUAUGUUAUGAGUGGCUUAUGCAUAAACGGUGAGUACAUAGAAGUUAUCGUUGCUGAUAUCCUGGAUUUCGAGCCUUUGUAUAUUCAUUUAGAUAUACCGUAUACGAGUCAGGAAAGCACAUUAGUAAAAACCAGUAAUGUAUAUUGUGCAAAGUAUUAUCAUCAUCCUAUGGAAGCCCUGAAUGCAGCAGCAGGAGGUCUUGUUGUGUUGAAACCCAUUUUUUGUGUUGCAAAAGCAGAACCCAGAAAGCAACUCCUCAAAAUCCCAAAACCUAACCAAUUCCAUGGCAAAAGCAGUAGUUUAGUCCUUUUAUCUUCUUCUUCUUCUUUUUGUUGUUCUGUUUUUAGCUCUGCUUUUGCAAGAGCACUUACUUAUGAAGAAGCACUUAAUCAGUCAACAACAACAUCUGACUCACCACCAGAUUUCGAUGUCAGUGGUGUUGUUGACAGCUUAAUCAGUUUCGGUGUUGAAAAUCCGGUGGUGGUUGCUGCUGGUGCUGCCUUGUUGGCACUUCCAAUCAUUCUUUCGCAAGUAUUUGGAGGUAGUAGUAGUAGUAAGUCUUGGGGAGUUCAGACUGCAAGAGUUGCUUAUGACAAGUUGGGUGAUGAUGUAAGUGCCCAGUUGCUUGAUAUCAGGCCUACUUCUGAGAUAAGGGCAGUUGGUGGUCCAGAUAUCAGAGGUUUGAACAAGAAGCCAGUUACGGUUGCUUAUAAUGGCGAUGAUAAACAAGGCUUCUUAAAGAAGCUAGCUUUCAAGUUUAAACAACCAGAGGACACCACAUUGUUUAUUUUGGAUAAAUUCGAUGGGAGUUCUGAACUUGUGGCAGAGUUGGUCACAGUAAAUGGCUUCAAAGCUGCAUUUGCUAUAAAAGACGGUGCAGAAGGACCCCGUGGAUGGAUGAACAGUGGUCUUCCUUGGAUAUUACCCAAAAAAUCACUCGCCUUUGAUUUUGGCAGUUUAACCGAUGCAAUUGAUGGUGUAUUUGGUGAGGGUUCUGAGGCUGUCUCUAUAAUUUUGGGCAUCGCUGCAGCUACCGGACUAAGUUUGUUAGCAUUUACCGAGGUUGAAACAAUACUCGAGGUCUUGGGUUCCGCAGCAUUGGUGCAACUUGUCAGCAAGAAGCUACUAUUUGCAGAGGAUCGGAAAAAAACUCUCCAAGAAUUCAAUGAUUUUGUGACCUCAAAAAUUGGACCCAAAGAGCUCCUAGAUGAUAUCAAGGACAUUGGGAAAGCGCUUCUACCACCUGUAACUAGCAAAGUACUUCCUGCCCCAGCAACGACCAGCAAAGAGGCGGUUGUCGAGUCCACCAACUCUGACCCACCUGAAGUAAAAAUAGAAGCAGCAACACCAUUAGUGCCCCCUGCACAAGUCAAUGCGGUCCCUAAAGUAGACGUCAAAGAAGAAGAACUUCCAAAACCAACACGCUCUCUUUCACCAUACCCUUAUUAUCCUGAUCUCAAACCUCCAACAUCUCCUACUCCUUCAAGGCCAUAGUUUUUUGCACCGUAUGUCUUUUGGAUUCAAGUACUGUAUUAGCGAACAUUUUGUUCAUAUGGGAAUUCCCAAAGCCUAAUACCAAGUGUUCAUCUGGGCACUCAUCUUCGUAGCUAUAUGUUUGUAUCAAGCUUUGUGUUUAUCAGAUUUCAAAUGAUGAACUAGAUUACUACUCCUACUUCAUUAUUUACGUUUGCUUGAAUUCGGUCA